GGUUUUUACCGAAAACCAGCGGGUGGCCCCGCCCCUCUCUGGUGUCGCAACCGGUCUUCCCUCGCUAUAAACCCCCGCUUAACCCCCCCGAGCCGGCUGUCCCCAAAUCUGGCCGGAGGAGCCCGAUGGACGGCGAUCGCGGCCCGACGUCGACCGCCGUGGGGUUCUGCCUCCUCCCGUCGGAGCUCCUCCACGAGAUCUUCUGCCGCCUCGCCCUCCCGGAGGUCCUCCGCCUCAAAUCCGUCUCCAAGGCCCUCGGUUCCCUCAUCGCAGCCGACGAUUUCCGUCGCCUGUACGACCAGCGCUCCGGCCCCGGCGGCGGCUGGGUCUUCGUCUUCAAGAAGCGCCCCCCGCGCGACGCCGUCCUCCGCGGCUUCAACGCCCGCUCCGGCCGCUGGUUCCAGAUCCCGGUCGCCGGGAUCCUCAAGCCGCCGGAGGUUCCCCCGGGGGAGGACCUCUACUUCCUCGCCGCCUCCGGCGACCUCUUUCUCUUCGCCUCCAACGGCCGCCGCGAGCUCGUCGCCGUCAACCUCGCCACCCGCUCCGUGCGGCGGAUCCCGGCGAGUCCCCUCGGUCCGCGCGGCACCUCGUCGUGGCGGCGGUCCGGUUUGAAGCUGGUCUCCGACCCGUCCGGCACGGACCGCUUCCGGUUUCUCUUCGCGGAGAUGGACCGCAACCGGCCCUUUGUCUUCGAGUACUGCUCGGAAACCGACGCGUGGCAUUCCCGCGAGGCGAGAUCGGGCGAUGGGGAACCGGCACGUGUGGAGCGAGAGGGGAGGAUAUGGCUGAGCGUGGUCCACUUCGGGAGCGAGAGCGUGCUGCUACGCGCCGGCGGGAGAGGUGAUGGGCCCGCGGUGUUCCGGCCCAGGUUCCCGGGAGGCCUGGGCCCGAUGACAAGCGAUCGUCUGCAGGUGUACGGCGAGGGGAGCGUGGCGGUGAUUAGAUCGAGGGCGAUCGAUGAGGGAGGGAGAGUUAGGGUGAGGGUUGUGACGGGGGUGGAGUUGUGGGGGCUGAGCUUAGAUGGGAGGGAGUGGGAGCUGGUGUCGAGGGUUGCAGAGGAGGUGGUUGAGGGGAUUAGGAAGCCAUAUGGGGUGAUGAUGGGGUGUUUGGUGGAGAGGGAUGGUGUGGUUAGGUUGGUGCUGAUGUCAAACUGUAAGGGGUCGUGGGACAUAGCAUGGCUCUCCUAUGAUAGGUUUGGGAAGCACUGGACUUGGGUCCCCGUGCCUGAUUGUGGAACCAAAGGGCUUAACAUGGCCGGCAUUGCCUUCUCCACUACCUUCUCUAGAUUAUGGCCUUCCACGUCAGCUCUGGACUUUGCUCCAUGCCAUCACGGGCUACCCAUCUAACGUGGAGCACAACACUUGCACUCUAUGAUGGAGCGUUUCAAAUGCCCGACGAGUUCGCGGUCCGAAUUUUGUUGCAGGCAGUGGCUAUGAAGUAGUUUGCAGCACAUUGAUUUUGUACGUGCCAAGCAUCCAAUUGGGAAUCCAUUAAUAUCUGAUUUGAAUCUUCUAUUUUC